CCUCCACCGUCGCCGUGGCCGAUUAUUAUUACUCCCUAAUACAUCCCCAACUAUACUUAAUAAUACCCGCUCAAGAGUAAGAAUUGUUUCUGCUUCUUGCCAACUCCCGAACAAUUCACCUAAUAGAAUCAGAUUUCGUUGCAGGAAUGGACCCAAUAUAUGCAAUGGCUCCCGCUCCAGGGCAGCCUCAGUUCGCAUACUAUCCUACGGCCGAUGCGCAAUCAAGGCCACAACCUUUCACUAGCCAUCCUUCUGAAAUGCAGCCUUACUAUGGGCAGGUUUCGCCGUUCCCACAUGCUGCUCAACAACAACAACAACAACAACAACCACAGCCGCAUUGCGUACCGGAGCAGCAGCCUAUCUACUCUGCUCCAGUGAUGAACAUGCACCAGAUGGCCACCACAAACGCUUUCCGAGGAGCCAUGAACAUGACUCCCAUCGCUUCUCCCCAGCCAACUAGCUUCAAGCCCACGAUUGUGGUGCAGCAAGGCUCGCCUGCGCUGAUCCCCUUGGACACCAGGUUCGUCAGCAACGACUACUACGCAUUCCCUUCGACCCCUCCUCUCUCCACGGCAGGGAGCUCAGUUAGCAGCCCACCCUCGAGCAGUGGUGCGCUCCAUACUCCUAUUAACGACAGCUUCUUCACCUUCGAAAAGGUGGAGGGCGUCAAGGAGGGAUGUGAAGGCGAUGUUCAUGCAGAGAUCCUGGCCAAUGUCGACUGGCAUCGAUCGGCCUCCCCCCCCAUGACACCUGUGUUUAUCCAUCCCCCUUCCCUCACCGCCAGCCACAGCUCUGAGCUCCUAUCAACACACAGCUCUUGCCCGUCCCUUUCCCCAUCCCCAUCCCCUGUUUCUUCAUUGUUUGCCCAUUCCCAACAAGGCUUCCCGCUCGAGCAGGCUAGCUCGGAUUUCUGCGACCCUCGCCAGCUUACUGUUGAGUCGUCAGUUCACCACCAGCCGGCCGAGCUACCACCAUUGCCCUCUCUUUCUUGCGAGGACGUGGAGCCUAAGGUGGUUUUGGGGAGCGAGGCCGUCACAUUGCCUGUGCAUGAGAACCCGACACCGUCUUUUACCGCAUCGACUGAGGAUCCUCUCAGCACGCUGCCGUCUUUUGACAGCUUUUCUGACCUGGACUCGGACGACGAGUUUGUGAACCCCCUUGUUGACUUCCACCCCAGUGGAAGCACCUUUUAUCUGGGCGGCAAGAGACAGCGCGUUGGAACAUAUUCACUGGAUGAAGACGAGUUCCUGAGCGAGCACGGCCUAGAAGAUUCGGAGGACCUGGAGCUGACGCAGUCUACCCUCCCUACCUUCAACCCCAUCGUGGGUGAUGGUAUCAAAAUCGUGCAGGACAAGACCAUGCCCGUAAAGAAGCGGAAAAACUUUCGGAAGUCUCUCAAGAGGUCCGAUGUCUCCGAAAGUGAAUCUGAAUCUCCGGCUUCCAACAGGAAGACCCAGAUGUCUUUCGACCGUGCUAAUGAUAGCGCCUCCGACGACCAGCAAUCAGAUGGCCAGGUCCGCCAGGGCUCUGAAGUCAAUGCAUCUAGCUCAGAGGCAAACUCUACACCCGUAUCGGUUAAUCGCCGUGGACGCAAGCAGUCAUUGACGGAUGAUCCCUCCAAGACUUUUGUUUGCACACUCUGCUCUCGUCGCUUCCGUCGCCAGGAACACCUUAAGCGCCACUACCGCUCUCUGCACACCCAAGAUAAGCCCUUUGAGUGUAAUGAGUGUGGCAAGAAGUUCUCUCGCAGUGAUAACCUGGCUCAGCAUGCUCGUACCCAUGCUGGCACGUCGAUUGUGAUGGGUGUCCUUGAUCCUAACACGCCCCAAUCGUCAUUCGACGAGCGCGACCCUGGUGCCUUGGGCACCGUUCUCUACGAAGCAGCAAACGCUGCUGCCACCAAGUCAACCACCAGCGAGUCGUCGGAUGAUGGCAUUUCAGAGACCUCACCUGUCGACCGACGACCGGCCAAGAAGCGCAAGCGCGACGAGAACAAUGCGUGAUCCGUUGUCGCUUGAAGCUAUCACGAAUGCUAUGUGACCAAGAGCUCCCAAUAUUAUUAAAUUAAUACAUUUCCCUUUUGUCAUCUACACUGGUUGGUCUGACUUGGUCUUUGGUUUGGCGUCUGGCAACAACGUCGAGGGUGUGCGGUUCACAGGUCUCUACAAUUUCUCAGGUCA